CCGCAGAGACGCCCCGCCCCCGCGCGGCGCUGCGGACCCGGAGCUCCGGGCGGCGUCGGCAGCGGCGCGGGAGGCGGCGAGGCCGGGCGGGCAGCAGCCGGGACGGAGCGGACCACGACGAGGACGCACAGGCAGCCGGGCCGGGCCGGGCCACGGGGACAGCGGCCGCCGGGAAGCGGGCGGGAGGCCGGGCGGGCAGCGGGCAGCCGCCGAGCCGCGAAGCGACAUGGUGCUGCUCAAGGAGUAUCGAGUCAUCCUGCCCGUGUCUGUAGAUGAGUACCAAGUAGGGCAGCUGUAUUCUGUGGCUGAGGCCAGCAAGAAUGAGACAGGCGGCGGCGAGGGCGUGGAGGUGCUGGUGAACGAGCCAUAUGAGAAGGACGGCGAGCGAGGCCAGUACACGCACAAGAUCUACCAUCUGCAGAGCAAAGUACCCACAUUUGUUCGAAUGCUGGCACCAGAAGGAGCCCUGAACAUCCACGAGAAAGCUUGGAAUGCCUACCCUUACUGCAGAACUGUUAUUACAAAUGAAUACAUGAAAGAAGACUUUUUGAUUAAAAUUGAAACCUGGCACAAACCGGAUCUUGGCACCCAGGAGAAUGUGCAUAAACUGGAGCCUGAGACAUGGAAGCAUGUGGAAGCCAUAUAUAUAGACAUUGCAGACCGAAGCCAAGUACUUAGCAAGGAUUACAAGGCAGAGGAAGACCCUGCAAAAUUUAAAUCUAUCAAAACAGGCCGAGGACCCUUGGGCCCCAAUUGGAAGCAAGAACUUGUAAAUCAGAAAGACUGCCCCUAUAUGUGUGCGUACAAACUGGUUACUGUCAAGUUCAAGUGGUGGGGCCUACAGAACAAAGUGGAAAACUUUAUACAUAAGCAAGAGAGGCGUCUGUUUACAAACUUCCACCGGCAGCUGUUCUGUUGGCUUGAUAAGUGGGUCGACCUGACCAUGGACGACAUUCGGAGGAUGGAAGACGAGACAAAGAGACAGCUGGACGAAAUGAGACAAAAGGAUCCGGUGAAAGGAAUGACAGCAGAUGACUAAUGCCACCCCUCCCCAUUCUGCACUUUUUGCAAGACAGUGGUCAGCAGGAAGGCCCAGCAGCUCCACCCUCCCGUGUGACAGGCCAUCUUUGGACACAGCCUUCUGUGCCCAUUCUUCAGGCAACUCUCGACCCCUCCUGUAGCGAAUUCUAGAUGUCCUUUACCAUUGUGAACAAACAGACCGCCUGGUAUUGCCAAGCCCGUGUGUGCGGGAGCCUGCUCCUCUGAGACACGUGGCUUGUAGAUCACUGUAUGUACAGCCCCUCCCCCUCUCUCCAUUGUGUUCCGGCCCUGUUGCUGUGUGUGCCCCACCUUUAUUUCCAAGUGACAUUUUUAGUCUUUCAAAAUAGCUGCCUUUUGCGA